AAUUGUUGCGUUUAGGGAGUAUUUGCAGUUUGCAUGUCACGUCUAAUACCCGUGGGUUACGAUAACAAGCAAUUGCAUGUUUUUUAAAGGUUCCAAAAAUUCGUCUGCAGUACAAAUUUAUACAGUUUAGUGAAAUGUCUCUGCCUGAAACGUAUGUCCAUGGUUUCCAUGAUGAAGCCCUGGUAAGGGAAAUGCCUUGGCAUCCUUUAGGAAAUACUGGAAUGCAAGUCAGCAGAAUAGCAUUGGGAGCUGGUGGAUUCUCAUAUUUUUAUGGAGACUAUGAUAUAGAAGAAUGCAAGAGAACUAUCUAUGAAGCAAUCAAAAAUGGAGUAAAUUUUAUUGACACUGCUCCAUGGUAUGGUCAUGGAGAAUCAGAGAAAGUUUUAGGGCAGUGCCUACAAGGAAUUCCACGGGAAGCCUACUAUGUAGCUACAAAAGUAGGUCGCUAUGAGAAGGAGGUUGCGAAAAUGUUUGAUUUUAGUGUUGAAAGAACUCGUCGAAGCAUUAACGAGAGUCUUGAAAGGCUUAAACUAAAUUAUGUUGACUUGCUGCAGGUUCACGAUGUUGAAUUUGCUCCUUCGAUGGACGUAGUGCUGAAUGAAACGCUGCCUACAGUUAAAGAAAUUGUUAAUUCAGGAAAAGCUGAACACAUAGGUAUAACUGGUUACCCUGUUGGCGUUCUUAAAGAAUGCAUUGAAAAAAGCAAGGUUCCGAUAGAAACUGUUUUGAGUUAUUGCCGCUCUACUAUGAUUGAUUACACAUUGAAUGAAUAUCUACCAUUUUUUAAGUCAAAAGGUAUCGGAGUAAUUAAUGCAGCCGUUAAUUCAAUGGGUCUACUUACUAAUAAUGGGCCACCAGGUUGGCAUCCGGCCACCGACUCUAUAAAAGACGUGUGUAAAGAAGCGAGUGAUUAUUGCAAAGAUAGGGAUGUUGAGUUAGGCAAAUUAGCAGUUUAUCACGGGCUGAACAAUUCUGAUGUAGUUCUCAUUGGAAUGAACAAUAGGAAACUGCUUGAGUAUAAUCUAGAUGUUCUCAAAAAUGGAAUUAAUGAGAAAGAGCAGAAAGUAUAUGAUGACGUUUUACAAAUAUUGGCAAAACUGCCAGCUAAUUCACAAUGGGAGAAUGUUGAAUUGGAGCGGUUCAGAAAGCCUCAGAUAUAAUAUUUUACUGGAAUUCUGACUGGAAAUUAAACUUGAUGGGUGGUAUUAUAUGGUAUAUUUUUAACAGCUGAGAGAAAUUUACUGUUUUAGUUGAUUAUGAAUAAUAAAAUGUGGAGGAGUG